AUGCUUGUCUGUGAACACAGUAACGACCCCCAGUUGUUCUGUGUGGACGAGCAGAGGGCUGUGUGUCCUGUCUGUGACUUUCCUCACCAGCAGAGUCACAAAGUGGUUCCUGUAGAAGAAGCAGUCAGUGUCCUGAAAAAACAUCUAGAAUCUGACUUAAAGUCUCUGCAGGACAAGAGGAACAAAUACAAACAAGUGGAGGAAACAUACAAUGAAGUAAUUCAACACUCCAAGAAGCAGCUGUUGUCCACAGAGAGGCAGAUCAGAGCAGAGUUCAACAAGCUCCAGCAGUUCCUGAAAGAGGAAGAGGAGUCCAGACUGGCAGCUCUGAGGGAGGAAGAGGAGCAGAAGGGGAGGACUAUCAGCAGAGAGAUGAAGAUGAUUGAGGAGCAGAUCUCCUCUCUGUCAGACAGCAUCUGUGCUGUUGAAGAAGAGCUGCAGAAACACAGCGUGCCAUUCCUCAGCAGUUACAAAGACACUCAGAGCAGAGCCAGAGCCCAGAGCUCAGUGUCAGAUCCACAGCUGGUCUCAGGAGCACUGAUAGAUGUGGCCAAACACCUGGGCAACCUGUCCUUCAGAGUGUGGGAGAAGAUGAAGGAGAAGGUCCACUUCAGUCCUGUCAUUCUGGACCCAAACACUGCACACUGCUGUCUCUAUCUGUCUGAUGAUCUGACCAGUGCGAGACAUGGAGACACAUGGCAGCAGCUUCCUGAUAAUCCAGAAAGAAACACAGUGUAUGCCGAUGUUUUUGGCUCUGAGGGCUUCAGCUCAGGGAAACACAGUUGGGAGGUGGAGGUGGGAGACCAUCCUAGUUGGAAUAUUGGUUUAAUUAAAGCAUCAGCUGACAGGAAAGGAGAAUAUCCUGUUUCACCAAAAAAUGGAAUCUGGUGUUUAGUGCAUCGUAGCGAAAAAUAUAAUAAUGGUGAUGGUCAGACUGUCAUUGUGAAGCAACAUCUCCAGAGGAUCAGAGUCCAGCUGGACUAUGACAGGGGGGAGGUGUCCUUCUAUGACCCUGAAGACAUGACUCACAUCUACACUCACAGAGACACUUUCACUGAGAAACUCUUGCCAUACUUUUGUAUUUUUAACGCUGAUGAUGCGAAGACUUCAGAUAUCAAAAUUUGUUAA